AUGGCUACCUCGAUGGCUUCCGAUAAGCCCUCCCUGGUCGUCGGCCAGGGAGAGCCCGAUCCCUUCCUCUCCACCGGCACUCCUACCCACCACCGACAUGCCGCAUUCGACUCGCACUCCUUUGCGCUCGGCCCUGGCGCCUCAGCAAACUCAGCAAAGCAGGCGCUCGAGGCUCAUCUGGCCGACACCGACAGGCGCAUGGAAGAAGCCGGCAAGCUCGGCACCGCCCUGGUUCAACAGCGCAAGGAGCUCGAAGAUCGACUGAAGGAGGUGGAGCAGCUCGAGGCCGAGGAGGAGCUGUCACCGGAUCUCAAGAAGAAACUCACGAGCAUUGAGAAGGACUUCAACGAGGUUGCGAGAGAGAGUGCUAGGGCCUUUCUCCCCAAGCAGCGCAUUCCCAGCAAUGAGGCGGCCGUGGCCAUACCUUUCACUCCGGAUAAGAGCGGAGUCAGGAGGUCCGCCAGUCCUUCCAAGUUCGACAAGUUCGAAACCCUAGCUACGGGAUCACCCAGCAAGUUCAGUGUACCAAAUCGCAAAUUGCGCAAUCAGCCUGCCAAUCGCAUCCACGAUAUAGAGUUCGCCGCCGAGAUCAGUACAUCCCUCAUCACCCAGGUCCGAAACCUGCAGGCCCUCCUUCAGGAGAGGGAGGAGGAGCUCAAAGAUGUAAAGUCUGAGAAAUCAGGCCUGCAGAGGGAGAUGGAGGGCUUCCAACAGCGGAUGAGGAACUUGGACGAGAGCGAAAUGCGUUACAAGGACGAGAACUGGAAUUUGGAGACCCAAAUCCAGGAGCUCAUGGCCGCGCAAAAGGAAGCAUCCGACCGGGAGAAGAAGAUGACCAACUCGCUCAACCUCCUUCAGGCCGACAAGAAUUCAACUCAGCGGGAGCUUGACGAGAUCAAGACGGCACAUUCAAAGCUUGCCGAUGACCAUGCGGCAGCUGUCAAGCAUCACGAUAUUGAGCUUGGUAUGGCCAAGCGCAAUGCCGUGAUAGCCGAAGGCGAGCGCGCAGCGAUGCAGCGCAAGAUCGACGAGUUGACCAGCCAAAAUCAGGAGCUUGCCAAGGCUAUUUCACUGGAGAGAGGAAGGACCAGCCAACGAAACACUCCCUCUGGAAGCAGUGAGGAUGACCUGGAGAACGUCGGUGGUAACAUGACCCCCGAGCACUCUCCUCCUCCCUCACCCAUCAAGCCGACCCCCAGACACUCGAUGCUUGAGAGCGAAACUUUGAAGACCUCUCUCCAGCACGCACAGCGCACGAUCCAGAGCCUUCGCACCAACGUCCACCGAGAGAAGACCGAGAAGCUUGAGUUGAAGCGACUGCUCCAAGAUGCCAGGGAUGAAAUUGAAAAAAUGCGCAGCGACCCUGCUGAGCGACCCCAUCACAGGCGUGCCAGGGAGGCCAAGUCCCGAGAAUUCAAAAAGCCGGCGAAACUCGACAAGCUGGGUACUUCGCGUGCUGUCAAAGCCGAGAUUUUGCACCUGGAGGAUCCCGAGUGGGAGGAGGUCGCGACUCAGAAGGGCUCUCCACCCCUGGGGCACUCGUCUCGAAUGGCUGAUAUACCUUUGCGGUCCACCGAGACGGAUGAGUUUGAAACGGCCAAUGAGGCGCACGAGACUACUGACGCUUUCGAGACAGCUCAUGAGCGUGGCACUGAGACCGACGACUUCCAGACUGGUGCAGAAGACUUCUUUGACUCUGACACCGAGACUGAGAGCCCCUCGAAGAGGGCUACAGUCAGGGCCAGUGUUCUCAAGCGAGCACCUAUCCUCGCAGCCAACCAAGAGUACUCGUAUGAGAGCACUGCAUCCACAUCUGCGAGCGAGGAUGAGGGAGACUACAUGGAUCCCACGAGGACCCCCAAUUCUCCAGCUCACAUGCGACUGCGUGCCAGUCGUAGCACAAUGUCCCGGCGCUCAAGGCAAUUGAGUGACGGACCUUCUCUGCAAAGUAGCCCGGCGACCAACCCCAACGGCAGCUUUUCUGGCCCAAGUGGCAUGCCGCAACAGAGCUUGUUUGCCGAGCUUAAUGACCUGGAAGGUAGCGACGAAGACUCAGUUAUGAACACACCGGCCCAAAGAAGCCUUCGUUCUGUCACACCAAGCUCGACUGCUACAGGGCGGACCGCGUCAAUGGCCUCUACUGUGCCAGCCGUACCUAUCAUGCCGAAGGUCAUUAUGAUUGACAGCGGUAUGAUGACGGAGCCCGUCGACGUGCAGUCCGUCUCAGCGACUACGACUCCACUCACAGCUGAGAAUUCUGAGACGGACGUUACAUCCGCUCAGGUUGCUAAAUCACCGCUCACAAUUGGCGCCUUGCCAACACCGCAUCUUCCACCACCUCAGAGGCUGGCCAUGUCUAACGUACACGCCGAGGAAAUUGAGCCCCUGGCAGAGCGUGAAGCUGAGCCUGAGCCUGCUCUACCUCCAAGACUUGCUCUCUCCGACGUCGUGUCUGAGCACGUUGAACCCAUUCCUGAGCCUCAGGUCGCACCUCCCACGCUGAGCAUGUCUGGUCUGGUCGCCUGGGAUGUGGAGCCGAUUGCUGAGCCUGAAGUUCCACCUCCUGCUCCUCCUACCUUGACGAUGUCAUCAGUAGUUGCGGAGCAUGUCGAACCAUUGGCUGAGCCAGAGACGCCAUUGCCUCCACUGGCAUUCUCGUCAAUUUUGGCCACAGAUGUCGAACCAGUUGCCGAGCCAGAAGAGCCAAUGCCGACAUUGGCACUCUCCUCCAUUCUCGCUGCAGAUGUUGAGCCUAUCGCUGAGCCGGAGCGUGAACCAAAGAUCGUCCGUGUCGUGGAGUAUGUGGAAGCACCGAAGCCACCCCCUCCGGAGUUGGCAUUUUCCCCAAUUUCCACCGCAGAAGUCGAGCCCGUGGCGGUGCCAGAGCCUGAGCCGCAAAUUGUGCGCGUUGUGGAAUAUGUGGAUGCGCCAAAGCCGCCUCCCGCGGAGCUGGCGUUCUCAUCAAUUUCUACUGCGGACAUCGAGCCUGUGGCCGUCCCCGAGCCUGAGCCACGAACAGUUCGUGUUGUAGAGUACGUGGACGCACCGAAGCCACCUCCUGCAGAGCUGGCAUUCUCCUCGAUUGCCUCCGCAGAAGUUGAGCCUGUGGCCGUUCCCGAACCAGAGCCACGAACAAUACGUGUCGUGGAGUAUGUGGAGGCUCCCAAGCCGCCUCCGGCGGAUCUGGCGUUCUCUACCCUCGUGGCCGAGGGCAUUGAACCGCAGGCAGAGCCUGCAACUCCUCUUCCUUCACUGUCCAUGUCUACGAUAGCUUCAGAGCACGUAGAGCCAAGGGCGGAGCUUCAACCGCUACCACCACCACUCUCGAUGUCCUCCAUCGUGGCAGAGAAUGUCGAACCCAACGCUGAGCCUCUACCUGCCUUGUCUGUCUCGGCCAUUGCUUCAGAGCACAUUGAGCCAAGAUCAGAACCUGAGGUGCUCUCGCCACCGCUGACCGUAUCCUCCAUCAUCUCUGAGCACGUCGAGCCGGUCCAACCUGUCCAAACUAACGAGAAGGAACUCAUCGCGAGAAAGCCUGCGCAUGCUCCGCUUGACUUCUCAUCAAUUCAAUCAUUGGAAACCGAGCCCCUCUCGCCUAGAAGCCCGAAGAGGAAUGCCUUCAUCAUCCCACGGGACGAAGAAGAGCGGCCGUCGACGCCAUCAAAGGGUUUCUUCGGGUCUUUCUUCGGACGAGGCAAGAGCCAAGAGCUCGAGACGCCCUUCAUCGCUGAGGAUGAGACCAGGCAAUCACCUAGAGACACUCCUCUCACAGCGACUCCAGAUUCGCAACGUCCAUUCCGGGAGAUCUCGGCCAACGCAAACACCAGCGCCCAGGCUGGCCGCAAGGAGAACAUCAAGAUGUCUGAUUCCGGUGCCCAGACUUCUCUGACAGCCGAUGCAAUUGAUCAGAUACUCCAGGCUAAGAACCGACCACAGACACACGCUGGGCACCAGAAGUCCGAUUCUGUUGUGAGCGCGAGCAGCAUCGGCACGCCAGGUACCGUCCGCGUGCAACGAUCACAUGAGAGCCUGAACAAUGCUCUCAGGCCUAAGAGUAAACCGAUGGACGCAGGCGCUGAAUCUGCUGCGGAUGCUGCCUCCCGUAGACCCGACAGCGCAUCCAGCACUCGUGCUUCGCUGAAGAACGCGCCACCACUGCCGCCGAACCAUAAGGAGGUUAUCGAGGCCGCACGAACAGGCACAGCUAACAGCGGACAAGGCGCGGUCGGCAGCAUGGGGCCCCCGCUCUUCCCGGCAUCUGCCUACAAGAACCCGUUGACUAGACCUAGGACGCCGAUGUCAGCCAGGUCCGUCACUGCAAGUGUCAAGGGCACGCCGACGCCUCGCCAGGAUAGAAUGGACUCUGCACACGGUACUGUGGAGGUCCACUCGCCAACUCGGCUCACCGCGAGAAGCCGGAAGUCGUCCGUCUCGAGCUUUGCUUCCGAGGUGGAUGCACGCUUCCAGAACAUCGGCGGAAUGGGCAUGGACCCGCACGGCUUUGGGCCGAACACAGAUCCACGGAUGAUUCAAGCUAUCACUCAGACUAUGAUCGGUGAAUACUUGUGGAAGUACACUCGCAAGGCAGGCCGUGGCGAGAUGUCGGAGAAGAGACACCGUCGGUACUUCUGGGUCCACCCUUACACCCGUACCUUGUACUGGAGUGAUCGGGAUCCCAGCAAUGCCGGCCGUUCCGAGCUUCGAGCCAAGAGCGUGCCCAUCGAGGCGGUGCGUGUUGUCACAGACGACAACCCUAUGCCCCCUGGACUGCACCGCAAGAGUCUCGUCAUUAUAUCACCAGGCCGGAGUGUCAAGUUUACCUGUACGACAGGUCAACGGCAUGAGACUUGGUUCAACGCCCUCUCUUACCUGCUCCUCCGAACCAAUAGUGAAGGCCACGCAGACACAGAGGAGAUGGUCAAUGGCAUCACCAGGGAAGACGUCGACGAGUUCAACCCACAGUAUGGUCGCCGCCCAGCAGCUGGCACAAGGCCUCGUCCGCCGCCUUCGAUCUCAUCGUACACCUCACAGGGAACACGCAGCCACUCUGCUAUGAAUCUGGAUGUGCCUACACUGACACCGAACCACAAGAAGAAUUCAUCUUCGGCUAGUAUCUCGCGGCCGACCUUCACUGGCCGGCUCAGCGGGUACUGGAAGUCUACCCAGGAUUCACUCAGCACAUUGAAGAGCCGCAGCGGUCCCCAGGACCAAAGCAGCUUCUACGACAACAACGAGGCGCAUGAUAGUGCGGAAGAACUGAGGAUGAUGUACGAGAAGCAAGAUAGAGAGGCCGACAGGCUGGAUAACGUCCGGUCAUGCUGUGAUGGGAGGCAUGAUGUUGGUACUUUAACACGCAAGAAGGGUAGUCGUCAGUCUCAGCACGGUCACGACCACGCGAGUAUCCACUCGCAUCCAUCUCGUGCGAGCACACCCGGCCCAUCAUUGGGGACGAUCAGAUCUGGAUCAUGA